AUGCACAUCACACGCGAUCAAGCGAAACGCCUCAUGGAAGUCUGCACAACACUCGAAGACAUGAUUGAAAAACAAACCAAAGACAUAUAUUGCAUUCACGGCGCCUCGGAAUCGUACGCGUCGUCCACGUUGAGACGCAUCAAGAAACAACAAGAGGACAUCUUGAAGACGCUCGAGGAUCUCAUAUAUAGUUCCAAGGGCUACAAAGAUGACGCAGCUUGCGUGGAAGAGUUUUACGAUGCGCAUUGCAGUAUGAGGAGGAUAGAGAUGAGGGAUUGGAGGACUGCGGCGGAGAGGUAUUGGCCGUUGAUCGCGGGGCGGUAUGAACUCCUUUUGGAACUUGUUGCAAUUCUGAAGCGGGAGAUUGGGGAUGCGAUUAAAGACGAAAGAAUGUGGGCUGGAGAAACGGUCAAGCGGAACCAUCGCAUGGGUCUUGAGUGCGUGGAAUCGGCACUGAACCGCGGACCUCGAAGUAAGCCCACGCCUACAUCCGGGUACGUAUCGCUCAAGGACAAACACGUCACCUUCUCUGAAACAGUGUUCUGGCGAAAGUUCAAUAGCGCAGCCCCACCAGAGGAGCUAGACAGACUGGCCUCAAAUACAGGUCUUCACAAAGAAGAGUUUACCACGAGCCUGGCUAGAAGGGGGCGCAGGUCAACGAAGAGCUUUAAGAAGAGGAAAGUGGAGAACAAGGGGUGGGAUUCAAUGUUCAAGACGGAUUGGUGGAGUGUAGGGUUGGAGCCUUGGGGGCCGGCGAAAACUAAUGAGGAAGAGGCGACGGAGGAGGAUAUAGAGAGAUUGGAAAAAGAGAUGAAUAAAGAAAUAAGACAGCAGCUAGCGACACAACCAUGGUAG